AGUAUUUUGUUUUGCUCUUUGCACUCCCUCACCUCUCACAGGCUUCGUGCUCUCCGCCUCUCCCUGUUUCUCCGUCCGUCCCUCCUCUCCUUCACAUAGAAUCUCAGAUCUCUCCUUCUCUUUUCAGAGAUUCGUUGUUCGAGUCGACCGAUGGCGGCUGUUACAGGAUCGUCGAUCUCUCUCCCCUCUCAUUCGCGUUUGCUCCAGCAGAACCAGGCAACUGGUCUCAGAUCAGUUUCACUCUCCAUGCAAAGAAAAAGCUUUCCAUCUCUUGGGUUGCGAACAGUGCCACUUCGUUUCCAUCGUUUUUCCUGCGCUGCAAAACCAGAUACGGUGGAAAAAGUUUGUGAAAUAGUGAGGAAACAGUUGGCACUACCAGCUGACUCUUCAGUGACCGGCGAGUCAAAAUUCUCUGAUCUCGGUGCUGAUUCUCUUGACACGGUUGAGAUUGUGAUGGGACUCGAGGAGGAAUUUGGAAUCAGCGUGGAAGAGGAGAAUGCCCAAAGCAUCGCCACUGUUAAUGAUGCUGCGGAUCUGAUCGACAAGCUUGUUGCGAAGAAAGCUUAAGAAGUGAAACAAGAAUUUUCUGUUAUAUUUUGGUUUAGGUCCUUUAGGCGUCUAUAUAUGGAAUUUUCAGCUUAGCAUGAUGGUGUGAACUCACAUAAUAGGCUCCUGUGUUUUUUUCCUUGUUUUUUUUUUUAUCUUAAUUAAACUUGACAAAACUUUAGUUCCUGUUUUCGGAACCUAAAAAGAAAUUCUUAUUGGUUUUUUCUAUUACA